UCUCAAUAUGGAUGCUCUGAAUUCGCCUCGGCAGUUUCCAGGAAAUGUCGUUUCAUUAAAUGGCACGCGAGCUCUUUUGAUCUUUUGAAAUGGCUUCGCUCUCCGAACCAACAUACAAGAACGAAUAUAAAGUGGCGAUUCGGACGUGGCGCAUCACCUACUCGACGGGGCGUUUCGUUCAUGUCAAGGCCAGCUGUCAAACCAAUAUGGGCACAAAAGUCGAACGUGUGAGACCUUAUCUCUCGUCUCUUCCGUCGUCGUCGUCGUUGUGUGCUGUUGUGCAUUCCAGUGAAUUCGUCUACUGUGUUCCCAACUAUGUCCGUAUGAAACACAGUUGGAUUGAUCACCGUGAGCACGCAGACAUAGUGUUUGGGCGCCCAGCACGCAGCCUUCCCCAUCCUGUAUCUCGGCACGGGUCCAGAGAGACGGUGACUGAUCUCCAUCACCUCCGCCACCACCACCGGUGCAGUCUAUGGCUGAGAUCUGGCGAGCCGAUUGAAAGGACACGAAAUAUUAAGUAGCACCCCUUUAAGAAAAACAAACAACCCACUCAUCGCUUUUCAAAUGAAGACGGAAGAAAAGAGUUACGAGCGGAUUAACAACCAGCUUGACGGAACGCGCGGAUGGGUCGUCACGGCCGCCUGUUUUAUGGCUGCCUUUUUGACCGAUGGCAUCACUUUCUGCUUUGGACUUAUCCUGUUUGAACUCAUCCAAGUCUUUGACGAGCCCGUCGAGAAAGUCGCUUGGAUCCCUUCCUUCCUAUUGGGCAUUCAAUUGCUCUCAGGUCCACUGGCGUCUGCUCUGAGUAAUCGUUUUGGAUUUCGCGUCGUCAUCGUUUCCGGAAGUUUCCUGGGCUUCGCCGGACUCACUUGCUCAUCGUUUGCCCCUUCCGUCGACGUUUUAUUUCUCACCAUCGGUUUAAUGUGCGGCGUAGCUUUCGGACUGGUGUGGACGCCGGCCGUUGUGGCCGUCAGCUAUUUCGAAAACAGGCGAUCGCUGGCGACAGGUGUUGUCAUGUGCGGAUCCGGAAUGGGCACAUUUGUAUUCGCGCCCUUCAUCUAUUGGUUAUUGGAAAAUUAUGCACUGCGAGGGACCUUUCUCAUUUUGGGAGCGUUGUAUCUGAAUUGUGCAGCGGUAGGAGCCUUCUUCCGGCCGAUGAAACGAGGCGGAAGAAACAAUAAGUCGUCACAGCACGGCACGGCCAUUACCCUCAAAGUCAUGGAAUCCAAAACCACACGAGACCUGCUGGAGAAUUCCGAUCCUUUAAUAGUGUCGCUGGAUCGAGGCCAGCCCGAUAUGGUGGUGGUGGAAGACAGCAUCGUCGAGGAAGAAUUGCGAUCGACAGAUUUGACAUCCGCUCACGACGUCCCUAAGCAGGUUCUCGAGGCCCUGUGUACAGAUCAAAUUGAAUCUUCAAGAAAUCGAUCCAUCUUCAAGUUUUCCCUCUUCCGCUCGCCCUCCUUCGUUCUGGUCUGCACUUCCAGUUUUGUUCAAUUGCUAGGAAGUUUCGUUCCCUACGUGUAUCUCACAGCUUAUGCAAUCGACGUGGGCAUCUCCAAGGAAGCGGCCUCGUUUUUGCUGUCGAUCGUGGGCGUCACAAACACGGUUGGAAAUAUUGCCGUCGGGGCUUUGACAAGCCAUCCUAAGGUGAGCGUACUCCUGACUAACAAUAUCGCCUUAUCGCUGGAAGGCUUGCUAUUAAUUGCGUGCCCGCUCUUCACCACGUAUGGCGCUCUGGUUUUCUUCGCCGUCAUGUACGGUUUGUGCUCGUCUUGCAUUUCGGUGUGUCGUCCUAUUUUGAUGGGCGAAAUGCUGGGCUUUGACAACGUGAACAAUGCCUUCGGCUUUGUCCUGAUGUUUUAUGGAUUGGCCAGCUUCAUUGGUAUUCCCCUGGCUGGUCAUUUGUAUGGGACUUACGGAGACUACCACGGCACAUUUUAUUUCGCUGGCUCUGUUGUUUUCAUCGCCGGCGCUAUUUGCUAUCCUCUUGCCUGCGUCAACAGAAAACCAAGUGAAGGGGCUUGAGGAAUCGUGGACUAAACAAUUUCUUGUAAUAUUAUUUGAGCAGUUUCCGGAAAGCUGCAUUUCAAUCACACAUUAUUACAAAAUAUUUAAAUAUUAUUUGCCGUCAGUUUCCAAUAAACAAUCGUGUCAUUUGUA